AGUGCGACUAACAGUUCCUUCGACGGACGAUCCAACGUUGCAAGUGUUAACAUUCCGCUUAUGGAUUCUUGGUGUUCCACUUUGCAUCCUACAAUCGGUGUUGUUAAGAAUCGCUUCUUUCAGGCAGCAGUUUGUCUACAUAUCGCCCGCUUCUAUCGAUAUCUUCUUGUUCGGUGGAUGUAAUCUGUUAGCCAGAGUUUUGCCUAAUAAAGUUGUGAGAAUCCCGGGCACAAGAUGGAGUUUUUCGCUGAAUCCGUGCUCCUUCAAUAUCAAAGAACACAUCGCCAUGUCCAUAUUUGUUAAUUCGGUAGGCAGUCCAGGCUUUUACAACAUCACUAUCGCCAAGAUCUUUUACCGCAAAGAAAUUCAUAUUUUACCCGCUUUGCUCUUGGUUAUAUCAACUCAGUUCUUGGGCUUCGGAUUUGCCGGUUUGUUUCUAAAAGUUUUUGUGGAUUCACCGUACAUGUGGUGGCCUAAUGUAAUUGCCAGCAUCUCUCUUUACAGGGCAUUACAUGAGCAAGAUAAGAGGCCUAAGGGAGGGCUAUCACGUUAUCAAUUCUUUUUUAUUGUCUGCGCUGCGAUUUUCGCUUACAGCAUCAUCCCUGCUUAUUUCUUCCAGUCUGUUACUGCUCUCUCCUUUGUGUGUUGGAUAUGGAAGGACUCAAUCACUGCACAACAAAUUGGCUCCGGGAUGAAUGGACUCGGCGUUGGAUCAAUUUCGCUUGAUUGGAUGACUGUGACAAGUUUUUUAGGAAGCCCUUUAGUUCUUCCUUCAUUUGCGAUAUUCAAUAGGUUGAUUGGAUUUAUCGCGGUCGCAUACAUUAUUAUACCCUUCUCUUAUUGGAGUAAUGCAUUUGAAGCAAGAAAAUUUCCACUGUUUUCGACCAAUAUCUAUGAUUCUCAGGGCCACAAAUACAAUGUCUCUAGAAUUCUAGAUUCAAACACUACUGUCACCUUUAAUCAAGAAGCCUAUGAUAACUACUCGAAGAUUUACUUCACUACUUCACUGAUUUAUUCUUACGCAUUUAUUCUUGCUCAAUACACAUCCUCUAUUUCUCAGAUUACUCUUUUUUAUGGGAGAUCACUGUGGCAAAAAUUUAAGAGAGCAUAUAAAGACGAUGAUGAGCUAGAUGUGCAUGGGAGGCUAAUGAAGUAAAAUUAUAAAUCUAUUCCUCAGUGGUGGUUUUACUCCAUAUUGUUGUCCAUGAUCGGCAUGGCAAUUCUGGUCUGUGAAGGUUUUGGCGGUCAAAUUCAACUUCGUUACUGGGAAGUUUUGUUGGCAUGUGCUCUGGUUUUUCUGUUCCUUCCAUUGGAAUGCGUACUCGAAGCAAUUGCUGGUUUGGGAUUUACAUUAGAUUUGUUAUUGGAAGCCAUCAUUGGAUACUUGAAUCCAGGCAAACCUCUAGCCAACAUGGCUUUCAAAUUAUACGGAUCAGAGGCUUACCUAUUGGCAGUCUACACUAUAUCUAACUUCAAAUUAUCACACUAUAUGAAGAUUC